AGUGAGCAUGUUGUCAGCCUUCAUCGCUCCCUUCAAGCACUUGAGCCCCGGGGCCACUAACACGGAGGAUGACGACAAUCUAAGUACCAGCAGCGCAGACGUGAAGGAGAACCGAAAUGUGAGCAACCUGGAGGCACGGCCACUGCCCGCGGGCGACAGAGCCCGAGGCGGUGCGCCUGGCGUGAAGAGGAAAAGGCCCCUGGAGGAGGGCAACAGCGGCCACUUCUGCAAACUGCAGCUGAUCUGGAAGACGCUCUCGUGGUCGAUGACGCCCAAGAACGCGCUGGUGCAGCUGCACGAGCUGCGGCCCGGCCUGCAGUACCGGAUGGUGUCCCAGACCGGCCCGGUGCACGCGCCCGUCUUCGCUGUGGCGGUGGAAGUGAAUGGGCUCACGUUCGAGGGCACGGGGCCCACCAAGAAGAAGGCCAAGAUGCGGGCAGCCGAGCUGGCCCUGCGCUCCUUCGUGCAGUUCCCCAACGCCUGCCAGGCCCACCUGGCCAUGGGCAGCAGUCCCAGCCCCUGCACGGACUUCACCUCCGACCAGGCCGACUUCCCCGACACGCUCUUCAAACAGUUCGAGCCGUCGGCACCCAGUGCAGCCUUCCCGGGCCACCGCCCCGCCGAGCCCGAGCUGCUGUCCCCCGUCUGCCGGCGGGGACGGCUGCUGCGCAGCACGCUGGACCUGGUGGCCCCGGGCGAGGGGAACCCGGUGGUGGUGCUGAACCAGCUGCGCGCCGGCCUGCGCUACGUGUGCCUCUCGGAGCCGGCCGACAGGCAGCGGCCGCGCAGCUUCGUCAUGGCCGUGAGCGUGGACGGCAGGAUGUUUGAAGGCUCGGGACGCAGCAAGAAGCUGGCCAAGGGCCAGGCGGCGCAGGCGGCCCUCCAGGCCCUCUUCGACAUCCGGCUGCCCGGCCACGUGCCCAGCAGGAGUAAAAGUCACCUCCUGCCCCAGGAAUUCGCCGACUCUGUGUCCCAGAUGGUCACGCAAAAGUUUCGUGAGCUGACCGUGGGCCUGACAUCCGUGCACGCCCGCCACAGAGCACUGGCAGGGAUUGUCAUGACCAAAGGCCUGGAUGUCCGGCAAGCUCAGGUUGUCGUCCUGUCCUCAGGGACCAAGUGCAUCAGCGGCGAGUACAUCAGUGACCAGGGCCUGGUGGUCAACGACUGCCACGCAGAGACCGUGGCCCGGAGGGCGCUGCUCCACUUCCUGUACGCGCAGCUGGAGCUGCACCUCAGCAAGCGGCGAGAGGACUGGGAGAGCUCCAUAUUCAUGCGGCUGAAGGACGGCGGCUACCGGCUGAGGGACAACACCCUGUUCCACCUGUACGUGAGCACGUCCCCCUGCGGAGACGCGCGCCUCCACUCGCCCUACGAAAUCACCAAGGACCUGACCAGCAGCAAACACAUCGUCAGGAAGUUCCGCGGGCACCUGCGCACGAAGAUUGAGUCCGGGGAGGGCACCGUGCCGGUCCGGGGCCCCAGCUCCGUGCAGACCUGGGACGGCAUCCUGCUGGGUGAGCAGCUCAUCACCAUGUCCUGCACAGACAAGAUCGCCAGGUGGAACGUGCUGGGGCUGCAGGGUGCCCUCCUCUGCCACUUCAUCGAGCCCGUGUACCUGCACAGCAUCGUCGUGGGCAGCCUGCACCACACCGGCCACCUCUGCCGGGUGCUGAGCCGCAGGGCCGAGGAUAUCGGCCAGCUGCCCCCCUCAUACCGGCACAACCGGCCCCUCCUCAGUGGCGUGAGCAGUGCCGAGGCUCGCCAGCCGGGGAAGUCUUCCCACUUCAGUGUGAACUGGGUCGUGGGCAGCGCCGAUGUGGAGGUCCUAGAUGCCACCACGGGGAGGCGGAGCUGCGGGGGCUCCUCCCGGCUCUGCAAGCACGUGCUCUCUGCCCGGUGGGCGCGGCUGUACGGAAAGCUGAGCACGCGGAUACCGAGCCACGGAGACACGCCGUCCAUGUACUGUGAGGCCAAGCUGGGGGCGCGCACCUACCAGUCAGUUAAGCAGCAGCUGUUCAAAGCGUUUCAAAAGGCAGGCCUGGGCACCUGGGUGCGGAAGCCGCCUGAGCAGGACCAGUUCCUGCUCACCCUCUGAGCGGCUGCCCCGGGCUCGCGGACAGAGUGAGAUGCCUGAGGAGGCCGGGCGGGCGUGAGGAGCAACGAGACUGUGCUGACCGGGUCUGUGCGUCCCUUGUCCUUUGGUGUUCCAGAAACACGCGAGCGUGCCAUGUUCAGAUGAGCAACUAGACUUGAAGUGCUGCUUCUCGAUGGCUGCUCCCAGGCUGCUGGGACCACGCCCGCCCGCCACACCUACAGGCACGAGUGUGCUGGCUCCCUCUUCUCGGUGUGCCAGAGGGGACAUGACUAUUCCGGCUGCAGGGUCUGAGUUGCAGCCUCGAAAGGUGGCACCGGGGCAUUGCCAGUUAGAAAUGAACCUCAGGCACCGUUCGUUCCCUGUUCCCCUCCCCGACGCGCCGCUCGAGCGUUGCACUUGGUUCUCACUAGCACAAGGUUAUAGACACUUCGAGAUAAGCCACAAGUGAAGAGAAAAGCCAUGGGCUCCUCCCCAAAGAAGCCAGUAAGAAGUCCUCUCGUUGUCAUCAUUCGUUUCGUGUUUUACUCUGUCUCCUUUCGAAAAGCAUUUGGGAUGCAUGAUCUUAGCUCCUAAAACAGGGCCAGAGAAGUGAGACCCCUGCUGCAGAGCAGAGGCACUAGAUGUGACAAAACUGUCCCUGAACGUCCCAGGACCCGACUGUCCCAGGCGGUCCCGGCCCGUUGUGCCCUUCACUGCUCGGCGUCGCUGGCAGAUAAUGAGGCUUGAGCUGUAUAAGGGCAGCCACCACCCCACUGCCUCCCGCCAGAUAAUGAGGAAACCCCAUCCUAGACCAAAUUCUGACUUGGGAACUAAAUUGUUCUCAGAAAGCAAGCACCAGAAGCUUCCAAACAACCUUGACUCUGAGCUUGAGCACCCACCAACUCUCGGUUCCUUUAGGUUCCCCCUCAACAUCUUGCAUGACAGAAAGAAUUCAUUGAAAGCAGCUGUACAAAUGCAGGAGGCAGGAUCCUGUCCCCUCCAGAGCGGGCAUCAGACGGCAGAGUCCUCCUCCACACGCUGGACGAGGCCAGGGCACCGUCCUGAGAGUGAGAGGCAGGAUGGUACCCCUGGUCGUGCAAAGCGAGGUGCCCCCCCCCCCCAGUGUACUGUAUCAGUCCGUACACCUGGACCUGUUACUGUGAUCACUUGAGAGUCCAUUUCUAACACCCUUCAUGCUAGUUGACAGGUCUCUAGUUUCUCCAGUUACAAGCCCCAUAUCUGAACUCAUUGUGCUAAGUAGCAAAGCUUAGUAGUAGCCACAGCUCUGGUAUCGGGGCUGCCGACCAGGGUCCCAGCUGCACCCCUGGGGGAACACCUUGAGAACACAGGCUCCCAUUUAACCCAGGAAACACGAGCAUAACAUCAGACUCUAUAUAUUCUGGUACAAAUUACAGAUGUCAUACCAGUGAGUCAAAAAUGAAACAAAUCGAAUUGUAGGUAGUUGUUAAAUGAUAAUAAGUAGUCUGGAAAUAGAAGCUUUUCCUGGGAUUUCAUAUAACGUCAAAUUUAUCCCUCGUGUUUUUUGGAAAGGAAAAGGGCACUGCAGUAGACGACUUCUUCAAGAUAAAGUUUCAAAAGAUAUGAAAAUGUUUUGCAAAUAUGGCUCACAUUAGUCAUUCAUAAAAAUUUAAAUCUUAAGUUAGUACAAAAGCUGUGAUAAAACGGCCAGUUUAUAUUAUUAGUUUCUGAUAAUCUGAUGUGUCAUUAGGAUGGGGGUUAAAGAACCAAAAGCCUUGAGAGCUGAUUGAUGACUUAGACUCUCAGCCGCAAUAUCUGGAGCCCCUCUCCGACAGCAGCAGGCGUGAGCGAUCCCGGCUGGCGUCUGUGGCCUGAACCCAAGCUGCCAGCAUCCUCACCUGCUGCCUGGAGAAGUGUGCUUCCGCUUUACACCAACUGCUCCAAAUAGCACUCCCUCUCCUGUGAGGAGCGAGCACGGGCGGCAGCAGUCCUAACCGCCACAGGAGUGACGCCGGCGGGACCGACCUGCAAACCACACAGUGGGCCACCCUCACGGUCCAUCCCAGGCCCCUGGAUGGCAUUCUCCUGCCCCACAAAGACCACGCCCACAGCUCCUGAACUGCACCAGUUUGGUCACAAGUCCUUUUGCCUACAGCUCCGGCUCUCUGGAAACAGCCCAAACUUGACUAAGCUAGAAACAUCUUCUUCCGGAGAAAGCCACCCACGAACGUCGCUAUACCCAUUAGCACCAACAUGCAGAGUCGUCUGCUGGGUCCGCAGGGACGCUUCAGAGGCAGAGAUGAGGCUCUGCAGAGGUUUACAGAGAGAAGGUUCCAGUGUAGCGGGAAGUCUGUCCAACAGCCUGACACGCCACCGCAGAGGCACCUGUCGGUGAGCGGGAAGUGAAGAAGGAGCCCAGGGAGGAGGAGACACUAGCAGGCUGUGGGCACAGAAGGGGCAGCCAAGGUAGGUGCGCUGAGCCGCCCGGAAGCACCUGCCGAGAGCCCGGGCUCAGGGUGCUGCCCGGGAAGCAUCUGGUGCAGCUGGAGGGGCGGUCAUCAGCCCAGAGACAGAAGAUCUUGCAGGGGAACCGAGGAUUUCACUCUCUCUCUCUUCAAAGUUCCAAAGGACAUCCCAACACUGCGUCAGGCCAGGUCUCCCCUGCAUUUUCUAAAUAGAAAAUCUGAGGAAUCCGAGUCCUGAGAGGAGCCCACAUCCACCUGACCACCUGAGGUUUCCGUAAGGAGGACGAAACAGGAGCAGGUGGCGUGUAACGUUUAGUCACCCUGAAAAUGUGACGAGCAAAACAGAGGGAAGAUGGACAGACAUAAAGUCAGGGUCUCCCCUGGUUACCCCGACCGCCCCCACCACCCAUCUGAAUUUGCCUCAGCAUCACCAUCCUGCAUCACCAGUGGCUCCGUCCCUUGCUCACAACCUUCCCACGUUCUGUAUGUAUCGCUCUUUAGCGCUGAUACUGAACUCCAAGUGCAAGCCACACCAUCCUUAUCUGCCUCCAGAGCACGUGUUGCUCUCCUGCUGGGGAGAUAAACCCUGGGAGCUCCCCUGCCUGGCUCUCAGCCAAAGGGCUCGCCGGGGAGAAGGCCACGGGUCGCAUGGGCUCGGCCUGCCCCACUCCAGCGGUGUCACAGCAACCUGUGACAGCGUGUUAUGGGAUUUAGGAUUUCUUUGGUUCUGGUUUUUGCCAAGGAAAGGAUUUGUGGGUCUGUAGCUAUGAUUUGUUUUUAUUCCUUGUGGUUCUCUUUGAGUCUGUAUAUAGUUUUCUUGCCACCACUGGUUUUGUCUUGCUCCUCAGACACAUCCAGUUGUGUUACUUGUCAAGCAAACACAGCUCAUGGUUUUCCCACAUAAUUUCCUUUUCAGAAGAAGCUGUUCUUAUCAAUAAAGUUAAAUGUGUGUUUUUUCCUUUAGUUUACUGUUUACCACACCUGGAGAGCCAUAAACAGUAAAUACAUGGUAUAGCAAUGCCCAGAGUAGAAGAGAUAGAGUAUUUUGAUGAAAUCCUAUUUUUAGAUUAUAAAUUUUAAAAUGUGUCUAUAUAUCUUGUUUAAAGAAUUUAAAAAGACAUUUAAAACGUAGACACUUUUAAUUUGGGGAAACUUCUACACCCAUUUUUUAAAAGCCAUUCUAAUGACAUCGUCUGUGCAAUUGGCCCAAAAUACAAUAAAUUUCACUUUCUAGUAGAGACCAAUGGGAGUUCGGGACCGUCUCUCUGUGCCCCAGCACUGACUGCCAACUCAGCAAACCAGGUGGACCUGUGCUAGUUUCUCCACUGCCCUCCUGAGCAGAGUUCAUAGAGCCCAUCACUCCACCCAGGCUCAGGACAGUCCACACCGCUCACGUUCCCAGCUCUGAGUGCGUGUGGAGUUUGGGGUAGAGUGGGAAAUUAGAAGCUGUGUUUCAGAAAGGGCUGUAACACCAUCAGGCAGCAUUUAGCUGGGACCAGACCCCUCUGCGGUCUUGCUGGCAGUUUAUGCUCAGGCACAGUGAUGAGACAUGUGGGGUGCCCUCAGGACAGGGCAGAGGGCGGGACUGGCAGCCUGCAGAGCUAGGGACCACUUGCCGCUGUCCGUGGUCCUGACCUGGUUGCUGCCUGCGGCACUGCGUGUCUGGGGCCACUGGGAUACUGUUGGCUCCUGUCAGAUGCUCCCACAAAUUCCAAAUUGGGUGAAGGAGAGCAGACUGAAGGAGAGCAAGGAUGCCAGCUGCAGAGUGAUGGCUUUGGAAAACAAAUGCAGCACCCGCGAUUCUGGGAAUCCAGACAGAUAUGUGACCAUCAUCCGCCCUGUGCACUUUUCCUCUCACCAAUGCUGCUUCUCUGAUUUUCUUUCUCAUAUUUCCUCUCCCUCCCCUUCCUGUUCCCUUUCUUAUUGCCUAUCCUUCCCUAUCCAAACACCUCUGACUCCUGAGAUUCAAGUCUCAGGCAGAUGUCUGCCUUGAGCUCCACUCAGCUGAUCUGUGAAUCAGCUGGGCGCCCAGGACCAGGCAGGAGCCCCGUGUGACUUCUUGUCCAGAGGACUUUAUGAGUUCUUUUCUGGGCUCCUGGACCAUGCCCACUCGGUCUGACCUUCCACCAAAGGGGACCCUGAUGGGCCACAACCCUAGAAGUUUAGACCAGAGGACACCACUCCUGCAGGGAACUGCAGACAGUAUCGAACUCCGGAGAAAGAAAUACCUUACUUCCCAACUCAGCAUUUCAAAGUCAAGUCGGAGGGACCCAAUAUCCUCUAAGAUACAGAUAAAAGACCUGGGUUCUAGGGCCUCUUUUCACACAGGCACUAGAUUUCUAUCACUCUGCAGUGUGUGCAUCAGUAAAGACAGAAGAAAAACACUAACCCAGCAGUGCCCAGUGAACUUUCCGCUAAUUUUCAGCAUUUUUUAAGCAAAAUGAACUUAAUGAAUAGUAUUCUUAAGAGAAGGUUUGUACAUAAAAAGCAUGACUGAAUGGCAAUAUUGUACCAAUGGAUGUACAUUUGUAAUAUUUGUAAAAAAAAUCCAAAAUCUUAAAAUAUGAAUUUAGAUAUGUUAAUUUUCCUCUAAGUUCUGUACAUUGCACUUCAGUGAUAUCUGAUA